AUGGGCUGGGGGUGGGGAAGCCUUGGGAUGCUGAGGGGCCAAAUGCAGCCCUUCCCGCUCCCCUCUCCGUUGCCAUGCAGGACAGCCAUGUGUGUGGGGAAGUGCAGCCGGAUCGUGGGGCCCUGCCUGCUGGUGCUGGGCACUCUCUCCAUGGCAGCCAGCAUCCUCCUGCUCUUCCCUGGUGGAGAAUCCAAGUACCUGCUGGAGGGGCACAUCAGCAGCCACGCCAAGGCUGUGCCCGGCGUCUGGGGCGGCGGCGUUGCCGUGCUGCUGGCAGCGACCCACAUCACAGCUCUGGGGUGGCAGCGGGAUCCCCCUGACUCCCUGCAGGCGUUCAUCUCCGUGGUGCUCUCCAAGCUGGCUCUGCUGGGUGCUGCUGCCUGCUUUGUGCUCUCUGGGGUGGGACUGACCAACGGCCCCCUCUGCUUCUACAACACCACCGAGCUGGGGCUCAGGCACGGAGCCCUCUGGGGAUACCCCUUCCUGGAUGCCAUCGACCAGGGGCCUCAAGCCAGGGCUGACAGCUACCUGUACAAUCAGAGAACCUGGAGCAUCUGCCUGGAGCCCGAGGGCAUCGUGAGCUGGCACGUGGUGCUGUUCUCCCUGCUGCUGCUCCUCAGCGUGGCUGAGAUGGUGCUGGCCCUGCUCCAGAUCCUCAACGGCUGCCUUGGCUGCCUCUGUGGCUUCUGUGAGGGCAAGUAG